UCCCGACCGGACAGCAAAGAGUUAACUCGAAAGAGGAAAUCCUAUCUGGUUGGACACACUGAGAAAUGCGAUUAUGCUGCCUCAGUUUAACACUGGCGAGCGGACGGAUUGCGCACUAUGCGAUCCGCCUCAUAGAGAAAGCUUAUUCUGCAAGGUUAUCAUUACAGGCUAUUCCUCUGUAUCUCAAAACGAAACAAGCGCAGUAGAGUAGCCAUUAUUAUUGUUGGGACAAAACUGAGGUUUUCAGCAGGAUGUCGGUUCGCCCUGACAGAACCUACACUGGGCCGAGAACACGCUUUCAGAACGGACUGCAGCUCGGCGUCCAGCAGCAGGUGAAUGGCCAGGUGCGCGUUUAUGUGUGACAGAUCGUCUGACUGCGGGCCGUGUUCACGUGACUGUUUUUAAGAAGUGUACUGAUCCGCUACUCCAUUUGAAUCUAAAGAAUAGACCAAUCAGUGCGUCACUGGACCAUGAAGCACCAUCCUCAGUUGUUCAGGUGUUUUUGGCGAACUCUCGUCACUGUUCUUCUGUUUGAAGGCACCCCGCUCCUGAUGUUCAGGGGGUCCCUCACUCUGACCCUAAACAGGGAUGACAGCAGCUUCACACGGAUAACGCACUUCUCUCACAAUGUCACAAGUCAUAGAAGAGAACUGAAGCCACUGGAGAAGACAAGGCCGUUUGCUGUUGUUGAUGGAGUUAGGAGAAGUCUGAGUCAUGUUUUACAGAAUGGUCACCCUGACAGAUUGCAGUGUGGUUUACAAAUGGGAAGCAGCUUGUAUAUCUUGGACCUAGAGAAAAACCAAGAUCUUUUGCCAAAGCCGCCUAAGGUGUUCUACUACCUGCCAAACGGAACUGGGGUGUCCAUGAAGGAGAACCCAGUGAUGCAUUGUUACUAUCAUGGUUCAGUGCAAGGUUUCCCUCAGUCCCGUGUGGCACUCAGCUCCUGCUCUGGGUUACGGGGAGUGAUAGUCAUUAAUGCCACACUGAGCUUUGAGCUGCAUCCUGAGGAAGAAAAGCAUGACAAAGAAGAAGAAGGGAGCGGAGAAAUAGAAGAAGAGUGGCUGCACGUGAUCUACCCUACAGAUUCACAGACAUCAGAGUCUAGAGACUGUGGAGUGUCACAUACCUCUGUUCCUCUCAUUCAGAUCAUCCCUCCCCCCCACACACACAGGAGUAAGAGAGACAUUCUCUCAGAGACCAAAUAUAUUGAGCUGGUGCUGGUGGCGGAUCAUAAAGAGUAUCUGAAUUAUCAGAAGAAUAAUAAAACUGUAAUUUACCGCAUGAUGGAUGUGGCAAACCAAGUCGACUGGUUCUACCGGCCACUGAAUGUACGUGUAGCUGUGGUGGGUCUGGAGAUAUGGAGUGACCAGGACAAAAUUAAAGUGGAUAAAAAUCCCACUGAAACUCUAAACCGCUUCCUGGAUUGGAGGACCGGGGACCUUCUACCACGACUACGGCAUGACAACGCACAGCUCAUCAUGGGUGAAUCAUUUGAUGGGACAACAGUUGGCAUGGCAUCUCAGUCGUCCAUGUGCUCAAAGGAUCGGUCAGGAGGAGUGAAUGUGGAUCACCUGGUGAGUGUGUUAGGUGUAGCAUCGACGGUGGCACACGAGUUGGGUCACAACCUGGGAAUGAGUCACGAUACUGCCGACAGGAGCUGCCAGUGCCAGAACGAGCCUCGGCUUGGGGGCUGCAUCAUGGAGCCCUCUACUGGGUUUAUGCCCGGUCAGCUCUUCAGCAGCUGCAGCGAACAGGAUCUCUCUCUCAGUCUACUGCACGGUGGUGGAAUGUGUCUGUUUAACGUGCCUCAGCCAGAGAGUCUUCUGGGAGGUCCACGCUGCGGAAACCUGUAUGUAGAGAAAGGAGAGGAGUGUGACUGCGGCCUGCUGGAUGAAUGUAAUGAUCCUUGCUGCAAUGCCAGCACGUGUAAACUGGUUCCUGGGGCCCAGUGCUCUUCUGAUGGCAUCUGCUGUGAGAACUGCAAGCUGCAUGUGGCCGGGUCAGUGUGUCGGGAGCCGUUGGGAGAGUGCGAUUUGCCGGAGUACUGCACUGGCACUUCGCCUUACUGUCCUCCUAAUGUGUAUCUGCAGAACGGAGAGUCAUGCAAUGAUGGGUCCUCGUACUGCUACAGCGGCAUUUGUGCCAGUCUGGACGAGCAGUGCCAAAUGCUCUGGGGACAGAACUCCACCCAUGCUCCACCUAUCUGCUUUUCCUCUGUGAAUAAGCAGGGCAAUAAGUACGGAAACUGUGGCCAGAUGUCCAACGGUUCCUACAUCCCCUGUUUGAAAGGGGAUGUGCACUGUGGUAGGAUCCAGUGUCAGGGUGGAAGUGAACAUCCUCUGCUGGGCUCCAACGCUGAGAUUCUGACCACAACAGUCAAACUGAACCAGAGUGACUUUACCUGCCGGGGUGCCUAUUUUAAUCUGGGUGAUGAUGUUUCUGACCCAGCCAUGGUGUCACAGGGGACAGCCUGUGGGCCCAACAAGGCAUGUGUAGACCAAAAGUGCCGGGACGUGUCCAUGUUUGGUGUUGAGGAAUGCCGCAGGAAUUGCAAUGGCCAUGGGGUGUGUAACAGUAAUAAGAACUGUCACUGUGAUGAAGGCUGGGCUCCUCCUGACUGCAGAUACUCUGGAACCGGUGGCAGUGUGGACAGCGGCCCUGCACGAGAGCCCAAAGAUUCAGAUCCUGCGCGGGUGGCUCUGCUGGUCAUCUUCCUGUUUGUGUUACCGGUCUCACUGCUGUUUGUCGCACUCCGUUUCCCCGGCUGUCGACGAGGCCUUGUGUACCUCGGUCACACCCCCUUCAACAAGGCCAGACAGAGCCGGACUCCUGCUGUGGAGCUUGCAAAUGCUCGAAAUGGAGAUCAGGUGCAACCGCUCAGGUACCAGUGGCCCCAUCAGAGCGACAUCCCUCUCACCCAGGCUAUCAGCAAGGUCCAAAACAGGCCUGCUGCUCCAACUAAACCUCUUCCACCUGAUCCUGUCAUUAAACCUGCUCAGAACGCUGUUCCCCCCAAACCUCCAGUUCCCAAGAAACCACUGCCUGUGGAUCCUUCAUCCCACCCUCCUCCACCCCCACUGCUGGGACAUCCAGGACCUGCCGCAUCUCCAUCAUCUUACUCAUGUAACCCUGCGGCAGCUGCUGCUCCUGCCAGACCUGCUCCUCAUCCGCCUUUACGGAGACAGCAAUACCCUAGGAAACCCCACGCUCCUCACCAAAUAUAAACAGGAAGGAAACGCUGGCCCAGCUGCAAAUUUCUGGUGAACUUUAACAGCUGUACAGACCACUGUUGCUCUUCAUCUGGAUCAGAACUUCAUCUUACAACUCAUCUUGAGGCUCACUGGGCCAUCGGAGAAAUUACAGACUCCAAUAAAGACGACAGGAUGUUAUAAUUCUGAAGACCUUUUUAAGAGUGGACAACAAAUAAGAACUUUUAAACUUUGAUAUAAAGUUCCUUUUGUGAUUCAGAUGCUUUGUUCAACACAUGGAAAUAGGAUAUGACAAGAUGAUGCCUUGAGGAGUCCUGAUUUCUUUCUCUGAGAUGCUGUAUGCAUGCUCAAUUUGCCUGCCUAUAGAUGACCUAAACUUUACCUACAGAAUCUCUUUGGUGCCUAAUUACUUUGCCACACAACAUCUCCUCAAUGAUUGUUAUAAUACAAUCCCACCAAAACUGAAUUUCAGAACUCUUUGUUUCUAGAGCUGAAAAUUCUCCGUAAAUUCUGUCUGGUGUAUUACAUUCCAUUUAACAUCAGCUGGUCUCAGUACAGACAUUAGCAUUGGACACAAACACACGUUCUCUGUAAAGUCUUUACUGUAAAGUAAUGUCUUAUAUCUGUAUCAAGACACUUCAGAUUGUGAUUGUAAAUGCUGCUGCAUGGACAAAGCUGGCUGAUUGGAGGUUCGAUCAAAGCACUUGGGAAGGUAUAUUUUAGUGUAUUUGAAAUAUGCAGUAUUUUUAAAUGCAAUAAACAUGGGAUUUAUUUUUACAGUU